UACUGAGUCAUGCCUUUUUAACAAUCGCGUUCUUCUGUCAAACUGCUUUUGGGCUUCCGUACCUCUCUGCCUGUAUGCAAUCUGGCAGACAGCCGGGUAAUCGCAGCCUGAAACGCUGUUAUAUUGAAUCAUAUUGAAUCAUAUUGAUCCGUUUUGAAUCAGAAACAUGAGCCGGAGUUAUAAUGACGAGCUACAGUACCUGGAGAAGAUCAACGGAACCUGCUGGAGGAUUAAAAAGGGUUUCGUUCCCAACAUGCAGGUCGAGGGGAUCUUCUACGUGAACGAUCCUCUGGAGAAGCUGAUGUUUGAGGAGCUUCGUAACGCCUGUCGAGGAGGAGGUGUGGGCGGAUUCCUUCCAGCCAUGAAGCAGAUCGGGAACGUGGCGGCUCUGCCCGGGAUCAUUCACAGGUCCAUCGGCCUCCCCGACGUUCACUCUGGUUACGGGUUUGCGAUCGGAAACAUGGCGGCCUUCGACAUGAACGACCCCGAUGCUGUCGUGUCUCCAGGUGGUGUCGGCUUCGACAUAAACUGCGGCGUGCGGCUGCUGAGGACGAACCUGGACGAGGGCGACGUGCAGCCGGUGAAGGAGCAGCUCGCUCAGUCUCUGUUCGACCACAUCCCGGUGGGGGUCGGGUCCAAGGGGGUCAUCCCCAUGGGGGCCAAGGACCUGGAGGAGGCUCUGGAGAUGGGGGUGGACUGGUCUCUGAGGGAGGGGUACGCCUGGGCCGAGGAUAAGGAGCACUGCGAGGAGUACGGCAGGAUGCUGCAGGCCGACCCCAACAAGGUCUCCUCCAAGGCCAAGAAGAGAGGCCUGCCACAGCUCGGGACUCUGGGAGCAGGAAAUCACUACGCUGAGAUCCAGGUGGUCGACGAGAUCUAUAACGACUACGCCGCCAAGAAGAUGGGCAUCGACCACAAAGGACAGGUGUGCGUGAUGAUCCACAGUGGCAGCAGAGGACUCGGGCACCAGGUGGCUACAGACGCUCUGGUCGCCAUGGAGAAGGCGAUGAAGAGGGACAAGAUCACAGUGAACGACCGUCAGCUGGCGUGCGCUCGCAUCACGUCCGCGGAGGGACAGGACUACCUGAAGGGGAUGGCGGCGGCGGGAAACUACGCCUGGGUCAACCGCUCGUCCAUGACCUUCCUCACCCGACAGGCGUUCUCCAAAGUGUUCAACACGACGCCAGACGACCUGGACAUGCACGUCAUCUACGACGUCUCUCACAACAUCGCCAAAGUGGAGGAGCACAUGGUGGACGGGAAGCAGAAGACGCUGCUGAUCCACCGCAAAGGCUCCACCCGGGCGUUCCCGCCGCACCACCCGCUCAUCCCCGUCGACUACCAGCUGACGGGUCAGCCAGUUCUGAUCGGGGGGACGAUGGGGACCUGCAGCUACGUCCUCACGGGGACGGAACAAGGCAUGACGGAGACGUUCGGCACCACCUGUCACGGAGCGGGUCGCGCUCUGUCUCGAGCUAAGUCUCGCAGAAACCUGGACUUCCAGGACGUCCUGGACAAACUGGCUGAUCAGGGGAUCGCCAUCCGAGUCGCUUCACCCAAACUGGUCAUGGAGGAGGCUCCCGAGUCGUACAAGAACGUGACUGACGUGGUCAACACGUGUCACGACGCUGGGAUCAGUAAGAAGGCGAUCAAACUGAGACCCAUCGCUGUGAUCAAAGGAUGAGGCUGCACGAUGCUGUGUUCAAAGACUUUAAAGUAAACAAAGACGCCUCGGUGUUCAAAACACGAGAAAGUCACGGACAGAAAUCUUCGAGAAGAAGAGGAGCUUCACUUUUUCUUUUUUUUGUGCCUGGUGGGAGAAUUUCAGUUUGCUAAAUUAAUCAGAGAGAGAAAAUCUAAUGGAACAUUUUUGUUUGAAUGCUUUGAAAAAAAGAGAUUUCUUUUUGUUUGUUUUUUCUGUGAUCCAAAUAAAAGUGAUCACGGCAUGAACUCCGUUACAGAACACUUCAAAGGAAGAAUGAUCGACAUAAAUAAAUCAUAAAGUCUGUCCUGUGUAAA